AUGACGCAGUGUUUGAAUUCGCACAGCUCCAGCAGGCGGCCACUGUGGCUGCCACCGGGAGGCUGUCUGGAGAGAUUCGAUGCGGACUCCUUGACAACUAAGCAGUCUGCGGGCCGCGAUACUUACCUCACAGCUGGCUCCCUCGAGGCGCAGCAGGGCCGCAGCUUUGCAAGGCGACGGGUGAAUCUGGAAGCCACUGACGGCAGUGAGUGCGGCGAAGCUGCUCGCUUCGCCGCGGGAGCACUCCUGGCCCUGGUGGACGAGUGCUUGAUGGGCGGAAUUCGGCAGGGCUUGGCCUUCUGCCGGCCUCCAGGUCACCACGCUGGCCGCUGCAGCAGCACUGGCUUCUGCUUGCUGAACAACGUGGCUGUUGCGGCGCAGUACGCAAGGGCCAGGUACCCGGACGUAGUGAAGCGUGUGCUGAUCUUCGAUUGGGACGUGCAUCACGGGCAGGGCACCCAAGAAAUAUUCUGGUCAGAUCCUGAGGUGCUGGUGGUAAGCAUCCAUCAGUUCGAAAAAGGAUUCUAUCCCAAUUCCGGAGCAGCUACAGAAACUGGGGUUGGCGCUGGUAAGGGCUACACCAUAAACGUCGCCAUGCCCCCUGGCUACGGCGAUGGGUGCCUCUGGCUAGCCUGUGCAAAAGUGCUGCUUCCAGCUGCACAGCGAUUUCGGCCGGACCUGAUGCUUGUCAGUGCCGGUUUCGAUGCUGUGGAAGGAGACCCUCUCGGUGAUGCGAUGUGCACGCCUGCUGUCUUUGGCAAGAUCACGACAGAACUCAAAAAGCUAGCUAACCAUCUUUGCCAGGGCCGCAUGCUCUUCGGCCUUGAGGGGGGCUAUGCAGCAGCUGGACUAGCAAGCUGCAUUGGGCAAGUGGCCCAAGCACUGCUGGAGCCGCUGCAGCCGCAGGCUAAGGGCGAUCCAUUCGCAAUCGAGCCGGACCUGGCACCGAAGCAGGCAUCCCUCCUUUCGGUAUAUGCCACGCGCUUAGCACAUCAGAUGCUGCCCCUGCACCUGCUGGAAGGCUCGCGUUCAGUUCUAGUGCCCUUCCGAAAGGCUGCAUGUACAGUAAAGCAGCCGGAAGCUAGCAGCACCUGA